AUGGAUGCACAAAGUCUCUUCAAUGUUGAGGGCAAAGUGGUGCUGGUCACCGGCGGAGCCAAAGGUAUCGGUCGCAUGAUCUCGGAGGGAUAUAUUACCAACGGUGCCACCGUUUAUAUCGCUUCGCGAGAUGCAAAGGCCGGUGAGAAGGCUGUUAGCGAGCUAAAUGCGCUUGGCAAGGGCAAGGCACAUGCUAUCACUGCAGACUUCUACAAGUAUGAAGACGUCAAGAAGCUGGCAGAGGAGCUUGGAAAGCGCGAAAGCAAACUCCAUGUCCUGGUCAACAACUCCGGUUCUAACUGGGGCGCUCCCUACGACGAGUAUCCUACCGCCGCCUUUACCCGUGUCCUUACCCUCAACCUUCACCGAGUCUUCGAUAUUACCCAGCUCGUGACCCCAUUGUUGGAGAAAGCGGCCGCUCCGAAUGAUCCCGCCCGCAUUAUCAACAUCGGAAGUGUGGAUGGUCUCCGUGUUCCCUCGUUGGAGACGUUUGCCUACAGUACUAGCAAGGCUGGUCUGCACCACAUGAGCCGGGUACUGGCAAAUCACCUUGGAAGACGCAAUAUCACCUCGAAUUCCUUGGCCUGCGGUCCUUUCGAGAGUAAGAUGAUGGCCGCCACCCUCGAAUCCAUGGGUGAUGUGAUCAAGGAUGGAGUACCACUGGGACGAAUUGGAACACCACAGGAUGUUGCCGGCGCUUGCUUGUUCUUGAGUAGCCGGGCGGGCGCGUAUAUCAACGGUGCAACUAUCUCCGUGGACGGAGGUAGUUCAAUCUCCGCCAAGCUUUAA